GUGAGAGAGAGAGUGUACGGACUGAAAAACAGUGAGAGCAAAGAGAGGCAGAGAAAGGGGUAGUGAGGAAGAGGGAAAUGGAUGGAGAGAGCAGAGUGUAGUGUUUUGUUUCAUGUUUCCAGUUGUUACAUGUGCUGUGUCUGGAGCUGGACUUGACUGACAGACGCUCAGUCUUUGUUUGCUGUUUCUCGUUUGUUUCCUGGAUGCUGAAGGAUUGAUGGGGAUGGAGAUACAACACACUGCUCUGCUGUUCACCUGGACGCUGCACUGACAGAGGUCUGUUAAGGGGUCACACGACAGAGUGGGUGGACAGACAGAAGCACAGUGUCUACAUCAGUAAAUCCUCACGUCUUCGGCGCUCUGUCAGGAGAACGUUUUUAGCCAAUAAGGAGAGGCCGGCCAACCAGAGGGGUAGAGAUGAUGCGGCAGGGCGGCCAUGUUGCCCUGGCUCUCAUGUCAUCACUGCUGCUGCUGUGGCGCCACGCAGCAGCCAUCGAAGUUCCACAAGACCCAAAGAUCCUUCAGGAGCUGAAGCAGCCCCCCACCAUAGUCAAACAGUCAGUGAAGGACUACAUUGUCGACCCCAGAGAUAACAUCAUCAUCGAGUGUGAGGCCAAGGGCAACCCAGUGCCAACGUUCUCAUGGCGAAGGAACGGGAAGUUCUUCAACAUUGGGAAAGAUCCCAGGGUGACGAUGCGGAAACGCUCGGGGACGCUGGAGAUCGGUUUCCGUAGCGGCGGGCGACCGGAGGACUAUGAGGGGGAGUACCAGUGUUUCUCCAGCAACGACCUGGGAGUGGCUCUGUCCAACAAGAUCCUGCUGCGCGUCUCCAAGGCUCCUCUGUGGCCCAAAGAGGUGCUGGAGCCCGUGGUGGUGACUGAAGGCACCCCGCUGGUUCUACCCUGCAACCCCCCACCAGGCCUGCCUCCUCCGUUCACCUUCUGGAUGAACAGCGCGAUGUCUCCGAUCCUUCAGGAUAAGAGAGUGUCCAUGGGUCUGAAUGGAGACCUGUACUUCUCCAAUGUUUUGGCCAAAGACGCUCACAAUGACUACAGCUGCAACGCUCGCUUCCUUUUCACACACACCAUCCAGCAGAAGAACCCCUUCUCGCUCAAAGUUCAGACAACAGAGCCGUAUGAUGAAACAUCUUACAAUGCCACUGACCCCUAUGGUGGCCGUAAACUGGCAGAGUCCACACCCACCUUCCUCUCACCCUCAGGGAGUGAGAGCUCCAAGAUGGUGCUACGAGACGAGCAACUGCUGCUGGAGUGUAUCGCUGCUGGACUGCCGACCCCCGCCAUUAAGUGGUUUAAGAAGGGGGGGGACCUGCCAGUGCGGGCGAAGUUUGAGAACUACAACAAGACCCUGAAGAUCAUCAACGUGUCGGAGGAGGAUGCUGGGGAGUAUGUGUGCAUGGCCAACAGUCAUUUAGGCAUCAUACGCCACUCCAUCUUUGUCCAGGUCAAAGCGGCUCCUUAUUGGCUGGACAAACCUACGAACCUGGUGCUGGCCCCGGACGAGAACGGGCGCCUGGUGUGUCGCGCAAACGGAAACCCCAAAACCAACAUCCAGUGGCUGAUCAACGGACAGCCCAUAGACAGCUCUCCACACAACCCCAGCAGACAGGUGCAGGGGGACACCCUCAUCUUCCGCUCGGUACAGAUCGGAAGCAGCGCUGUGUACCAGUGCAACGCCUCCAACGAGCACGGCUACCUGCUGGCCAACGCCUUCGUCAGCGUGCUCGACAUGCCUCCAAGGAUGCUGGCUCCGAAGAACCAGCUGAUUAAAGUCAUCCAGAACAACCGCACCUUCCUGGACUGUCCCUUCUUCGGUUCCCCUCUGCCGGACCUGCGCUGGUUUAAGAACGGACAGGGCAGUGGGCUGGAUGGCGGGCAGUACCGCGUUUAUGUCAACGGCACCCUGGAGAUCAUACGGGCUAGAAUGGAGGACGAGGGGACCUACACCUGUGUGGCCAGCAGCAUGCUGGGAAAGGCCGAGAACCAGGUCCGCCUGGAGGUCAAAGAGCCCACACGUAUAAUCAGGGCCCCGGAGCACCAGUCCGCCAUCCGGGGCUCCACGGUCCACCUGGACUGUAAGGUGACCUCUGACCCCAGCCUGCCCGUCACUGUGAGCUGGACCAAGGACGACAAGCCCCUCCACCUGGGAUGGAGGCUGAAGAAAAACGAGCAGUCCCUGACCAUCCCUAAUGUGAACGAAGGCGAUGAGGGCACCUACAGCUGCUCUGUGAGAUCUGAGAUAGACGAGGACUCAGCCUCAGCCCGCCUCACUGUGUUAGAGGAAGCCUCCCUCCACCCCUCAGUCUCUAGUGCCUUGCCUCCAGACCGUCCGGACCCUCCCAUGGAUCUGGACCUGUCGGACCCCGCGGCCCGCAGCGUUCGCCUCACUUGGAUCCCCGGGAACGACCACAGGAGUCCGAUCACAGAGUUCCUGGUCCAGUUUGAGGAGGACCGCUGGGAGUCCGGCAGGUGGCAGGACCUAUCCUCGUACCCCGGAGACCUGAACUCUGUCAUCCUGCAGCUCAACCCCUUCGUCAACUACCAGUUCAGAGUCAUCGCCAUCAACUCCGUGGGCCAGAGUACCCCCAGCCGGCCCUCCCCCCGAUACAAGACCAGCGGAGCGGCCCCAGAUGCUAUUCCCAGAGGACUACGAGGAUGGGGAUCCAAGAAGGACAAUAUGGAGAUCACCUGGGAGCCUCUGCUGGAUCUGGAGAGAAAUGGCCCCAACAUGCACUACAGUGUGUGGUGGAGGAGGAAGGAUGCAGGGGAGGAGUGGAGGAAUGUGACCACAGCGGGGCCCAAACAUGUCGUCCACAACACAGAAACCUACGUGCCUUACGAGAUCAAAAUCCAGGCCAGGAACGAGUUUGGGCAGGGGCCCGAGUCCAAUGUGGUCACUGGGUACUCUGGGGAGGACAAUCCCAGCGACGCUCCCACUGAGUUGCGGGUGUCGAAGGCCGACAGCACCAAGGUGAACCUUCACUGGAGGCCCGUGGACCUGAGCUCUGUGCAGGGGGAGUUCAAGGAGUACAGGUUGUACUACUGGCGUGAGUCCAGUCUGGUUCCAGGUCUGCUGGUCAGUAAAGAGAAGAAGACCAAAGGGUUCUACAGCGUAGUUGCAGAGCCAUCGGGAGUCCUCAGCGACCUGGUGCCAUUCUCUAAGUACAUGAUGUUCAUGGUGGUGGCCAACAACGGCUUAGAGGGUCCGCCCAGCAACACGGUGGAGAUCACCACCAAGGAGGGGGUGCCGGAUGCUCCCAAGUUUUUCAGGAUAAACAGGAGAGGUUUUGACACCAUCCACCUUCAAUGGGACAAGCCUCUAGAGCCCAACGGCCUCCUGAUUGGUUACCAGCUCAAGUACCGUACAGUCAACGCCUCCAGGGUGGGCCGCCCCCAGCUGGAGACCUUCCUUCCCAAUGUGACAGAGUUCAGCCUCCGCCUGCCGGACCGAUCCACCCGCUACAAGUUCUUCCUGUCAGCGCUCACACAGGUGGGGGCGGGGGAAGUGUUCGCUGAGGAGUCCCCACACUUCACCAAUGAAGACAACGGUACUGACUCUACAGGCCUAGUCGAGCUUACAGAGGCCUCCGUAGAUUCAGCUUUCUCUCCUACUCCUCCUCCUCUUGCUCCUCUUCCUCCAACUACCAUCGCUCCUACAACCAUUAGUACCUCAACUACUUCAACUUCUACUACUACUACUACCACUACUUCUACUACUACUGCUGCUACUACCACUACGACUGAGGCGGCCACUACCACUGCACGUCCUGAGCUGGUCCCCACCAGGCGCAAUGAUCAGAAUGUGUUGGUGGCCCCUGGGCUGGAGAUCUGGAAUCUGACGGUGGAGCCUAACAGUAACUACGCUAACGUCAGCUGGAGACACAACUUCCCGGCCGGCAGCAGCGAGUUUGUGCUAGAGUUCACACUGGACAGCGACAAGUCGGUGAACGUUGUCCCCGUGAAACAGCCCCCCAUUACGGUGGCCGAUCUGAUCGCAGGCGCCAUGUACCAUCUGAGGGUUUACUCCCAUGAGCUCAACAGCGUCAGCAGCAAAUCUAUCACCUUUAAGACCAAAGCAGUGGCCCCUGGGCUGGAGAUCUGGAAUCUGACGGUGGAGCCUAACAGUAACUACGCUAACGUCAGCUGGAGACACAACUUCCCGGCCGGCAGCAGCGAGUUUGUGCUAGAGUUCACACUGGACAGCGACAAGUCGGUGAACGUUGUCCCCGUGAAACAGCCCCCCAUUAUGGUGGCCGAUCUGAUCGCAGGCGCCAUGUACCAUCUGAGGGUUUACUCCCAUGAGCUCAACAGCGUCAGCAGCAAAUCUAUCACCUUUAAGACCAAAGCAGCCUACAUAGACCAGGUGGACAUUGCCACUCAAGGCUGGUUCAUCGGCCUGAUGUGUGCCAUCGCCCUCAUCAUCCUCAUCCUGCUCAUCGUCUGCUUCAUCAAGAGGAGUCGCGGAGGCAAAUACCCAGGUGGUGGUUGCGUGACUGGUUUUGCAAAAUGUCUAGUCCGUGACAAAAAAGAUAUGGCAUUGGACGCAGUGGAUCACAAAGACCAGGAUGGAUCUUUUGAUUACCACAGCGACGAGGACAACAAGCCUCUGCAGGGCAGCCAGACGUCUCUGGACGGCAACGUGAAGGAGAGCGACGACAGCCUAGUGGACUACGGAGAGGGCGGCGAUGGCCAGUUCAACGAGGACGGCUCUUUCAUUGGCCAGUACACGGUGAAGAAGGACAAGGACGAAACGGAGGGCAACGAGAGCUCUGAGGCCACCUCGCCCGUCAACGCCAUCUACUCGCUGGCGUAGCGCCGUAGAACCACCCGGGGGACGCGGUGGCACCCUCUGAUUUCAGGGUGUUACCACAAACCACAACACAAUACACCAGACACAAACACACACACGUGAAUAUAUUAAUAUAUGAAACACAUUAAACACAGAAGGGACGCAGCGGCCUGUCUGGAGACUGCAGGCUUCCCUCUGCAGUAUCGGGGGAACAGGAGUGGAAUCAGACCACAAGCCUCUAUUCUAGUUUCCAGCUGGAAGAAAUGGACCCACUGGAGGUGACGUUGGGACAAAGAGGACUGUGCUCGUUUUCCUCUGCUCCGCCUGCCCCUACACAGACUUGGGAGCAGCCUUCAGCACGUGGAGGCAUUGACAAGCGUUCUUUAAAGAUUUGACCUUGGUUGGUUUCUGCUCCAAACAUUUUCAGCGUCCCUGCUCUCCUUCCUGAUUCGCCCCUCAAAAACCUCUGUGAAGCAUCCCAGUAAAGUACACACACGAGGUCCCUUACGCACACACGUCCUGUAACAUAUCAGCUUCUAACCAUCAAACUCAACAGGAUGCCCGCAGAUAUGUUUAUCAUAUUGAUAUUUACGCAAUGAAAGAGUUUAGUUUUUCCACAGCUGGUAGACGAGUCAUUAAUUCUUAAUGAGUGCUGUAUACAGUCCUGGCACACAUUUUAGUGCCCUGCAAAACUAUGCACUAUCACCUCCUUCAUAACAUUUUGGGUUUGAUCUGGUUAGUAAAAGUACACGUUUUGGGUUUCUUUUUUACCACUUGCAAACUAAAUCACAUGCUUUUAUUCACUUUGCCUUGUUCGAUGGAGUAGACAUGUUUUUCUUACCUCUAAUCCAAUAUUGUAGUGCAGAUGUUCAAAAUGGCCGCCACAAGAAAAGCUAUUUCUGCCACAAGCACCAAGCUCUGCUAAAGUAUGUUGUUAAUGAAUCCCUUUUUUUUAAGAAUGACUAUUUUGGAGCAUGGCAGUAGCUUAGUGCAAGGAGGCAAACGAGAGGAAAGUUAGUUUUGCCUGAGAAAAACGGUAGACCACAACCGAGUCAAUCCCCUAGUUAGCAUGCAUGCUAACUCUGCAUUCAUGUCACAUGGGGACAACUGUCGGCUGACAGUGACCAUGUUUCUGUUUUUAUUUCGGCUUUGGUUGACCAUUUGCUACACACAGUACUUUUUAAAGUAAUUUUGCACCAAACAAGACAUUGCAAUGUCAACGCUAAUAAUAAAACAAGUUACAAUUGCUUUUUAUUUAUUUAUAAAUAUUCCAAAUUACCUAUAUUAAUAUUUGUAACAUUUACACCUUCAUUCUGGAAGUUUAGGGCCCAAAUCGCAAAGAUCCCAAUGACUUUUUAUUACGUGUAAGCCAAGUCAUGUUUUCAAGUUGGACGCUUAAAUGUACUUUUACCCAAUGGGACAUGAAUGCAGCUUGAGAGCCAGGAAUCCUUGAGGUGUGUUCAGACUACAUGUUUGCCUUUGAUUCAUUUUACCAUAUGUAUGGAUUGUGUUUUGUUUUUCAUGCUUUUGGCAUUCUGAGUUUAUUUGCCUUAAAAAGCCAUUUAAAAAACAUUAGAGUAACAUGCACUGACCUGCAGUUCUCUUUGUUACUCCAGACCUUUUUGUUUAUGAAUUGGAGUCAUUAAGCCUAAAAAUAGACACAACGUUUUGCUGGAUGACACGUUUGGAUUAUUUAAUUUGUGCAUUGAUUUUGUAUUCAAUCACACCACCUCUGAAAUGUCAGUCUGAACCCACCUUUACACAGGAAUCCAAUAAUCUUUCCCUCCCUCUAGUUUUUUUAACUCGAUUAUUUUGUCAAUCAUUACCGAUAAAAAAGGCACUAGGGCAAGAAUACUUGAAUUUACAGCAUGAAAAUAUAUACAUUAAAUUCACAGCCACCGUUGAGAUGAAACGUAUCCACUAGUUUUUUAGUUUUUGCUGAGGAAGAAAGAAAAAAGAAAAGAAGUAUGUACACUCAGUAUUUCACUUGCCAACAACCAUGUUUGUCCUUCUGUUAGCUCACUGAUGGACUGACUUUAUUUUCUACUAAACGUUCACUGAGUGCUUCUCAAUUCACCUCAUCAUGUCGGCACUCAGACUUAGUUACAACAGCACUAUUAAACCUCCGAUGCUAAAUCAAAAGAUCUUAACAGCAGUUAGCGACUGCAGUUCACUUUUUAUUUUAAAUAUUUAUUUUAUAUUUCUAUUUAUUACAUUAUGUGGAUAGUAUUAAUAUAAGUCCUUAAUUUAAUUAAUUGUUAUAUACAUAUUUCUUACCAACUUAUUUUGUUGUUUCACACUCGAAAUAGCCAGAAUAAAGAUGUCUCCUGAAUCUGUUAUUGUUCAUGAGAAGCAUAAACACAACUGUAUGUUUCAGAUAUGUGUGUCAGCUGGCUUUCCAACAUGAGAAUACCUGUCAUGGUUGUUGUUAAUCUGUCAUUGUGCUGCUCUUCUCGUACUCAUGUUGUAUUACAGUUACUCUGUGUUUUACUUCAGAUGUAUGUACCUUAACCUUCCCACCACACAGUUAUUAUUUAUUUGACAUAUAUUCUGUACAUGUAGGUCCUGAUCUCUUAUAUUUGUAAAUAUAUAAAAGUCGAUUCCCCCAAAAAAUGCUUUAUCCGAAAAGGAAACUAAAAGUCACAAAUGUGUAUCCAGCAAGCAAAUGUGACAGGUGCAACUUGGUGUGUCACGCACCUCUGUAAAGUAGCUUUGACUAACGUUUGCACUCUGAAAAAAAGUAACAAGAAUCAUCCUCCACUCAAUGUUGCCCUUUGCGUUGUGAUGUACGGUGCUGACUGUGGCCGGUUAUCAGUCAAUCGUUUGAUGAUGGUUUGGGUUGUAUAUUGUGAGGAAUAUGUUAGAUUCUGUAAGAUGUAAAUAAGACAGAAGUGCUCCAGAGUUGUAGCACAGUUUUAGUAGGCCUAAAAAGAACAUUGCUGAGGUAUUAGAUCACACUCCCCUGCUUGAAACCGUUUUACAUUGGUCAUCUCUCUGAGGCCGCAGACUCCCUCUCACCUUUACAGCCUGUUGUUGCUUCACUGGUCCCCUUUCAGAUGCCUCCUCAAUGACUGAAGGUUACACUGAAGAAAGUGAAACGUUGACUUUAAUUAAAUGUAUUAUGUCAACAGAUUUCACAUAACUGGAUUAGGCUAGUAGAAAGCAAUAAUAUUAAGUUGAAAUGA